AUAAAUAGGGGUUUUUCUAGGGUUUAAAGACUCGCUACUCAUCUGUUCAUUUUACACUACUACGAGUCUAUCUUUCCAUCACUCACCGUAGUCAAGGUUUCAUAAUCUCCGGCAAAAGCAACCAUGUGGGCUCUCCGUCGAGCUUCCAAUCCUCUCAAGUACCGAGAAAUAAGGCUAGGAAGCUUUCGAGCUGGCUGUGCUAGAGUGGAAUCAGGAAGCUGUUACUUGAAGAAUGACAAUGAAUCAGCUGAGUGUGCACCAGGAAUGUCUGAUCAGUUUGUACCUUCAAGGAGAUAUCAUCACAACAAAUCUGAGUCAUUUAAAUUCUAUAAUGGGAGGCAUUACUUUUCAUCACAUGCCGGCAUGAAGAGCAGUGAAGAUGAAGAUGAUUUGGAGGAUGGGUUUUCUGAACUUGAAAGGACAGCUGGUGCCAAUGAAAUUGAAGCCAGAAGUGAUAAUGAAUUGAUAUCUGAAUCUGAGAUUUCUGAUGGGGACAGUGAUGAUGAAGUAUCAGGACUUAAAAAUGAGCUGGAACUAUCGGAUACUGCAGCUGAAGUAAGUAAGGAAAAUGUUGAACCAAAAAGGCAUUUCAAUAGAUUGCUGAGGGCUAUUUUGAAUGCUCCAGGCUUGUCUAUUAAGAGUGUGCUGGAUAAGUGGGUUGAAGAUGGAAACGAGGUUAACAAAAUAGAUAUAAUGGUGGUGAACUCAAGUCUCCGAAGACGUAAGAUGUUUGGAAGAGCGUUGCAGAUGUUAGAAUGGUCAGCAGAUCACCAUGAAUGGUCUGAAAGAGAUUAUGCUUCUCGCGUUGAUAUGAUUGCCAAGGUACAGGGUCUUGAAAAAGCAGAAAAAUUCAUCGAAAAGAUACCCAAGGCUUACAGAGGAGAAGUUGUAUAUCGAACAUUAUUGGCUAAUUGUGUUACACCCCAAAACAUAAGGAAGGCAAAUGAAGUGUUCAACAAAAUGAAGAGCUUGGAGUUUCCCAUCACAGCCUUUGCUUACAAUCAGUUGCUCUUGUUAUAUAAGAGGACUGAUAGAAAGAAAAUAGCUGAUCUGUUAAUUCAGAUGGAGAAAGAUAAUGUCAAACCCAAUAUCUUCACUUACAAUUUAUUGAUAGACACCAAAGGCCAGUCCAAAGAUAUAACAGGAAUGGAUCAAAUUGUUGAGACCAUGAAAGAAGAGGGCGUAGAGCCUAAUGAUGAAACGCGUAAUAUAAUGGCAACGCAUUACAUCUCUGCUAAGUUCAAAGAUAAAGCUAAAGCUAUUUUGAAAGAGAUGGAAGGUGGUGAUGCAUGUGAGAACCGUCCUGCUUGCAGGUAUUUGCUGUUACUGUAUGGAUUGCUUGGAAAUGCAGAUGAAGUGUCUAGGAUUUGGGAAAUCUGUGAAUCCGAUGCCAAUAUUAUUGAGUGUCUGUCUGCUAUUGAAGCUUGGGGAAAAUUAAACAAAAUUAAAGAAGCAGAGGAAGUAUUAGAGAAGAUGAAUGCUAGGUGGAAACGACCCUCUCCGAAGGUCUAUUCUACUCUAUUGAAAGUAUACGCAGAUCAUAAGAUGUUGGCUGAGGGAAUAGAUCUGGUGAAAAGAAUGGCAGAAGGUGGCUGUCGUAUUGGUCCACAGACUUGUGAUGCACUCGUUAGACUUCAUGUGGAAGCUGGUGAGGUAGAAAAAGCUGACGCAAUUUUGCAGAAGGUUACUCAGCAAAAACAGAUGAAGCCCAUGUUUAAUUCAUUUAUUACAAUCAUGGAACAGUAUUCCAAGAAGGGUGAUGUACAUAAUGCAGAAAAGAUAUUCUACAGAAUGCAACAAGCUGGUUAUGCAGCCAGGACACGACAAUUCCAAGUACUUGUGAAAGCCUAUGUAAUUGGCAAGUCUCCGGCCUAUGGAAUGAACCAGAGAAUGAAGGCUGAUAAUAUUUUUCCAAACUAUCAAUUGGUUGAAAUGUUGAAACAGGUAGACCCAUUCAAGAAAACUGCGGCAUCCGAUUUAUUGGAUUGAUGACCAUCAGCUGACAAGUGGAAGCUUGCAUCUUUGCCUGAUCUGCUUGGACGCUUCCUGUUACUAAUCAUAAAUUAUCAGUUUAAGCAACUUACGUCUGGUCAAGUGCCAUCUUUCUGCAUUUAUUAGUAAGCCUGAUGCUUUAAAUAUUAUGAAAUGUACUCUGGCAGGUUUAGACUCCCCCUUCCCAUUAUGUUUGCCCUAUGAAUUAUCACAUUAUCUAUCUGAGGUUUGUUU